AGUAGUUUUAAAUGUAAAGAUGGCGGAAGAAGAGAGUCCGUUUGAUGAUUUCGAACAAGUUGACUUUUUGAGAGAUCGACAUAUACGGUUUUUUCAACGAUGCCUUCAAGUUUUACCGGAGAGAUACUCGUCUUUGGAGACAAGCAGGUUGACGAUAGUCUUCUUUGCACUGUCUGGCUUGGAUGUACUAGAUGCCUUGGAUGUGAUUGAAAAGCCGAGUUUGAUCGAAUGGAUCUAUUCCCUACAAGUUCUUCCCACUGAGGGCCAAUCCAAUCUGUCACGCUGUGGCUUCCGUGGAUCCUCACACAUAGGAGUUCCGUACCAGACAAAGGGCCCUGGCUCUCCCCACCCUUAUGACAGUGCCCAUGUGGCGAUGACGUACACGGGCCUGGCCAGCCUCAUCAUCCUGGGGGACGACCUGAGCCGCGUGAACAAGCAGGCCUGCAUGGCAGGCUUGAGGGCCUUGCAGCUGGAGGACGGCAGUUUCUACGCCGUCCCAGAAGGAAGUGAGAACGACAUGCGCUUCAUCUACUGUGCGGCCUGCAUUUGCCACAUGCUCGACGACUGGUCGGGGAUGGACAUCAAAAAGGCCAUCGACUACAUCAGAAAAAGCAUGUCCUAUGACAACGGCAUUGGGCAGGGAGCUGGCCUGGAGUCACAUGGCGGCUCGACGUUCUGCGCGGUGGCGGCACUGUGCCUGAUGGGGAAGCUGGAGGAGAUGUUCAGCCAGCGCGAGCUGGACCGGAUACGCCGCUGGUGCAUCAUGCGGCAGGAGAACGGCUUCCAGGGCCGCCCCAACAAGCCCGUCGACACCUGCUACUCCUUCUGGGUGGGCGCCACUCUGGAGCUUCUAGACGUUUUCAAGUACACCAACUUUGAGAAGAACCGGAACUACAUCCUGUCCACCCAGGACCGAUUGGUGGGAGGGUUCGCUAAAUGGCCAGACAGCCAUCCAGAUCCCCUACACGCCUAUUUCGGGAUCUGUGGCCUGUCUCUGAUUGGCGAGGCCAGUCUGCGGCGAGUGCACCCCGCCCUCAACAUCAGCCAGAGGGCCUUCGAGCGCCUGCAGCAGCUGCACCGGGCGUGGAGAGAGACCUGCACAUGACAACAUGUCACCAGCCGACCUGCUCGCUCUCGCACUCAAACACACACACACACACACACACACGCACACAUACACACACGCACACACACAAACUCUUAAAAACCAUGUCAGCCUCUGAUGCCACGUGCAUUCCUCUCAGUCCUCACCCUAACCUGAGUUAACUUAGCAAUAGUGUCAGAGCUGUUGCCUGGCAGCGGGAAACGGGAGUGAUGGUGGUG